AUGGCGCUACGGAUUGUGGCCACACUCGUGGUGUUGGCGCUUUUCGCAGGUCCUUGCACGGGAGACGACUUCCCGUCGCUACUGUCAACGAACGCUUCGAUUGCGAUCAUCCUCGAUCGGGAAUACUUGGGAGCUGAAUAUGAUAAAACGGUGGAAGAGACGAAAAACAUCGUGGAGAAGCUCAUUCGAGAGAACUUGAAAAAUGGUGGCCUGAUCGUGAAAUACUACUCCUGGACGAGCAUCAACCUUAAGCGGGACUUCUCCGCCGUGCUUUCGGUCUCGAACUGCAAGAACACCUGGGAGAUAUACCAGGAGGCGGUGCGUGAGCGGCUGGUAAUGAUGAGCAUCACGGAUCCAGAUUGUCCCCGGCUGCCGGCUCACAACGCAAUCAUGAUCCCUCGCAGCGAUGGCACGAGCAACUCCUUCGACGAAGUAUCGCAAAUCAUACUUGAUAUGAAGGGUUCUCGGUCGAUUAACUGGCGCACGGCGACUUUGCUCUACGAUCAAGUCUUCGAUUCUGAAAUCAGCCGUUGCAUAUUGUCUCUGCUUGAGGACCGCGAAGGCAUUAAGCCGCUUACUCUGACGGAGUUCAAAAUCAAUGCUCCAACGCACAGCUGGGAGAAGCGGAAAGAAAUUCGAAAAACGCUCCUUGGCAUACCGACGACUUAUACAGGCAAAAAUUUCAUCGCCAUUGUCAGCGUAGGCACACUGACGCUUUUAAUGGAGAUUUCCAAGGAUCUAAAACUAGUGAACCCCUCAGCACAGUGGCUUUAUUUGCUGCCCUACACGGAUCAAUUCAGUAGCAACUUUACCUCGUCCUCCACCAUCAUCAACGAGGGCGAUAACGUAGCGUUCGUUUACAACGCCGGGUCAACAGGUCAAAAUUGCACCGUUAACGUGCUGUGCUAUAUGGAGAAGUAUCUGCUCCACUUUAUCCGCAGCAUCUCGAAGUUGAUCCGCGAAGAACAGGUCGUUUUUGGACAGAUAUCUGACGAGGAAUGGGAAAUUAUACGGCCUACCAAGAUGGAGCGAAAGAAUAAGAUUCUAGCCAUGAUAAAGGCCGCUAUCACCUCUAAGGAUGAGUGCAACAAGUGUUCGUACUGGAAGAUACAGUCAGCGGAAACUUGGGGUUAUGUUUAUAGAACGGACUUUUUAUCUGAGGGCCUAGAUCCGUUAGAGCGCAAGAAGUACUCUAUGCUAGACAUUGGCUACUGGUCGCCACAGGAUGGUUUCAUGCUGACUGACGCCCUGUUUCCACAUGCCCAGUAUGGAUUCCGAGGUGUCCAGCUUGUUUUCUACAGCUACCAUAACCCUCCUUGGCAAUUUGUUUCUUAUAAUGAAUCGGGUAGUCCGAUGAUUAACAGCGGUGUAGUGUACGAUGUGCUGAACGAACUUUCGCGCAAACUUAACUUUACUUACACAAUGGUUAUUGCACAGUCUGUUGAAGUUAAUGGCUCUGCCAUAGAAGGCAAUGCAUCGGCGAUAUUUGAUGUAAAAGCCAUCUCAUCCGAUAUCCCACAGGAGAUAUUCAACACCCUUGUGAGCAAUAAGAUAUUAAUGGCAGCGAUCGGUUCAACAGUGAAUGAAAAACAGAAGAAAUUCGUUAGCUUCACCGAUCCCAUCAGUAUCCAAACGUACAGUUUUGUCAUCUCUCGCCCACGGGAGCUGAGCCGAGUGCUACUGUUUCUGUCUCCAUUUGGACCGGACACAUGGCUGUGCUUGGCAGCUGCUGUAGCCCUAAUGGGUCCUGUACUGUGUGCCAUCAAUAAGCUUAGUCCAUACUACGAGGCACACAACAAGUCCACCGAAACCGGACUCGGAAAGAUGAACAACUGCUUCUGGUACAUCUAUGGAGCACUGCUGCAACAAGGAGGUCUUUAUCUUCCAUAUGCCGAUAGUGGGCGUAUCAUCAUAGGAACCUGGUGGUUGGUUGUGCUAGUAAUCGUCACCACGUAUUGCGGUAAUUUAGUGGCCUUUCUGACGUUUCCAAAGAUAGACAUCCCUGUCAAUCGGAUCAUGCAACUACUUCGGAACGAUCGCGGCAUGACGUGGAGCAUUCGUAAAGGCACCUUUUUAGAGGAGAUUCUAAUGGAUUCAACGGAACCGAAGUACGAACAACUAUAUAAGGGUAGCUUGCUGAUCAGCGAAGUGACGGACGAGCUGAUGAAGCGCAUCGAAGCCGGCCAACACGUGCACAUCGACUGGCGGAACAACCUGCGGUAUCUAAUGAAGCGCCAGUACCUUCGGACGGACCGGUGCGACUUCACGCUCAGCACGGACGAGUUCCUGGACGAGCAAAUUGCACUGGUGAUGCCAAAGGACAGCCCAUAUCUUGAGCUGGUAAAUGAGGAGAUUAAGCGCAUGCACCAGUUUGGUUUUAUACAGCGUUGGGUGGCGCAGUACCUUCCCGCUAAGGACAAGUGCAGCGGUUCCAGCCGGGUGAUGGACGUCCAGAACCACACGGUCAACAGCUCGGACAUGGCGGGUUCCUACUGGAUCCUGCUGCUUGGCUUCAUCGGUGGACUUACGAUCUUUUUGUGUGAAUUCGCCGUUCACCGGUACCGAUUGCACCAAGCGUCCAAAAAGGCGAUGAUGGAGUACAAAGAGUAG